AACUGCACUCUCAGAAAAACAUUUCCUCCUAGUUUGUUUAUACUGAAUGGUUAGUUUAUAAAAAAAAACUCAACAGAGAGUAAUCCUGAAAUUCGUAUUAUUUCAAAUCGGGUCUGCGUUAUUGGUUAAAAGGUUAGCUACGCGUACACAUACAUGAACACGAACACGAACACGAACACGAACACGGACACGGACGGCUAGGAGAUGAUAGACAGUUGCUAGCGUCCAUGAGCCCAAAACUUCUGUGAGCAGCGAAGAGCAAGAAACCAAACUUUUCAUCGUCUUGAUUAGAGAGGCGGGAAUGCUCUUGCUCACGCCCUAGAGGUUUCCAACACAAUGUCUGCCCUGAAACGCCGAAACGUUCCAAUUGUGGGCUCGAAGCAUCUUCUCUAUCGCACGGUUCGUACCUUCACCACUCGCAGAGACCAUUUCUACGCUGCGGUAGCUCCAGAUAGCGGAGAAACCGGUCUUUAUGGCUUUGAAAUCUUGAAGACACCGAAAGGUUUCCAACGUUUUGUUGACGAAGCAAUCGAGAGAUCAAGCGAACUCAUUUCUUAUGUCUCUGGUAUGCCUUCAUCGACGGAAAUCAUCCGAGCCAUGGACGAGAUAUCAGACACGGUUUGCUCGGUUGUGGAUUCGGCAGAACUCUGUAGAAAUACUCACCCUGAUAGGUUUGUUUCUGAAAAUGAACCAACUUCUUAUGCAUUUGUUUUUAUCAGGUUCAGUGAAAAUAUAGUCAAGGACCCAGGUUCCGUUGAUAUAUUUCCAGCUUCACGUAUCCCACGGCAUAUACAACAUAUUCUUAGGCCCAUUUAUCGAUCCACAUGUGGUACAUCAAAGGAAUCGAUGGGUUCCGUAAAUAACUUUAAAGAAAAGGGAUUUCGGAUAACUACAGACCCGGGUACUCUAUCCUCUGUACUGCAAUGGGCAUCAGAUGAUGAGGUUAGAAAGCAGUCAUACAUCCAAGGAAAUUCUGUUCCACGAGCAAAUCUUGGUGUACUUGAUAAGCUUAUAGCAUCUCGCCAUGAACUUGCACAGAUAAUGGGGUAUAAAUCUUAUGCUGAAUUUGCAGUGCAUCCAAACAUGGCCUCAUCACCAGUGGUUGCUAUGUCUUUUUUGCUUGAUUUGAGCAAGAUUGUCAGGCCCAAGGCUGAUGAGGAGUUUAAAGCAAUAAAAAUUUUUAAGGAGAGUUCUGGUCAUGGUUUUGGAGAUCUAGAGCCAUGGGAUGAGGCCUACUUCACAGGGAUGAUGAAAUCUUCUACAUUCAAACUGGAUUCCUCAGUUGUAGCAUCAUAUUUUCCUCUAUCACAAUGCAUUGAGGGUUUGAAAGUGCUGGUAGAGUCAUUGUUUGGUGCUACAUUUCGCCACAUACCUCUUGCAGCUGGUGAAUCUUGGCAUCCAGAUGUACUUAAAAUGGCACUUCAUCAUCCUGAAGAGGGUGGCCUGGGGUAUCUGUACCUUGAUCUUUACUCCAGGAAGGGGAAGUAUCCGGGUUGUGCUCAUUUCGCCAUCAAAGGUGGGCGUCAAAUAUCCGAGACGGAAUUCCAACUUCCCGUCGUAGCCCUUGUCUGCAAUUUCUCGGCUUCACGUGGUUCAUCAAGUGCAAGGCUUAACCACUGGGAAGUGGAAACUCUGUUUCAUGAGUUUGGGCAUGCUCUUCAUUCUCUGCUUUCUAGAACGGAUUACCAACAUUUUUCUGGUACCAGAGUAGCUCUUGAUUUAGCUGAAACACCUGCAAACCUUUUUGAAUACUAUGCAUGGGACUACCGAGUUUUAAAGACAUUUGCGAGGCACUAUUCGACUGGUGAAGUAAUUCCUCAGAAACUGGUGGAGUCAAUGAAUGGUGCCAGAAAUAUGUUUGCAGCAACUGAGCUGCAGAGGCAGAUCUUUUAUGCCUUGAUUGACCAAACACUUUUUGGGGAACAAUCAUCCUCGUCGAGAGAAACAAUUUCUAUUGUCGCAGACCUGAAAAGUCAAUAUACAAGUUGGAAGCAUGUUGAGGGUACACAUUGGCACACCCGAUUCAAUCACCUUGUAAAUUAUGGGGCAGGAUAUUAUAGCUACCUAUAUGCUAAGUGUUUUGCUGCAUCUAUAUGGAAGGAGGUGUGCUUGGAGGAUCCGCUGUCGAUGGAUGCAGGAUCUGCUCUUAGAGCUAAAUUCUUGCAGCAUGGGGGAGCAAGAGACCCAUCAGAGUUGUUGAAGGAUUUGGUAGGGGAUGGUGUUCUGAGACAUUCUAAUGGAGGUAUAGUUCCCGACAUUGACAGUCUCUGUGAGGAAAUGAAACUCGUUUAAGGUCCCUCUUGUAGCACAUAUGUUUGUUCAGGGAGACUGAGAAAGAUUAAAAGAGCAAGUAUACCACAAUCUGCCACCAAUAUUCUUAUGUUUAGCUGAAAAAUGUUGUAUCCAUUUUGAGUUGUAUUUGUGAGCAUCAUUGAUAAAUGUAUUUUUCUUGAUUUGUGUUCCAAGGAAGAAAGAAGAAAUUCAAGUGAUGGAAUAAAAUUUUGAAGUUUGUUGCAGGCCGAA